AUGAAAUUGAGUAAAAUUGCGUGCUUCUUAGGUACUAUAGGAUCUAUAGUAGUCAAUCCUGUCUUGGCCGACAACUCCAAAACCAAAACUGAAACUCUAACAGAAACAGCCAAUGCUAAUUGGCAGAAUGACGUUCAAAAACUGUGGAAACGAUAUGGUCAUCCCGAUUUUCAAGUGACCUUUGAUAGGGAUUCUUUGGAUGAGAGCUUGCCAUGGUUGACAGAAUUUUUAAACGUAUCAUCACCACCUGAGCCUUCCUUUGAAAAGGUAACUGAUUGGCUGUUUACAACUUGGUCAAAGAGGACAUUGCAAGAUUAUCUUAAGGACCAUUCCAUCCCAUUCGAUGCCUCAUUGAAAAAAGAUGAAUUAAUAUCCCUCCUAGGAGAAAAUUUGGAAUAUAUUGAUAAAGACUUUGAAAAUUUUAGGGGAACAAUUCCAGAUCGAACUAUAUUUAAAAGUUGGUCCAUAAAUGAUCUAAAACAAUGGUUAGAGAAUAGCAGCGUUAAGAUUAACGAAACAAUUUCUACUGAUAGAGAUACAUUGUUAAAAUUGGUUUCUGAUAACAUGUACAAGGUAUCAGUGACACAAGAAGCAGCUAAAUAUAAGGUUCUUCAUUUCUUAGACUUGGCCAACAAGAAGUUAUUUGACUCGAAUAAUAAUAUCACUGCAGCUGCUUUCAAUGACUUCUCCAAAGACGAUUUAAAGAGAUGGUUACAGUUUCAUUAUAUCAAAAUGAAUGAUACUGUAUCAGAUAAUAGAGAUGCAUUACUACAAAAGGCACAAGAGAACUUAUGUCUUUUGAAGAAUGAUGUUGACUGGUAUAUCAAAAAGUCUAGUGAUAUGGCAAGUCCAUUCAUCGGUAAAAAUCCAGAAUUUGUAGAAUCCCUAUGGGGUGGUAUGUCUGAUUACGUCAAUACAGGUAAAAAUCAUGCUAACAAGUUAUUAUCAGAAGACUUUGCUAAGAAAAUUCUUAAUUCAUUAAACAUUGAAUAUUCUUCAAACACAUCAAUGAAAGAAUUGAUCGAUUUAAUGAAGAAUAAAACAAUCGAUAUGUUUGACCACAGAGAUUUCAACUAUUCAGGUGAUUUAUCCCUGGAGAAAAUCAAGGAAUGGGUUUCUAAUACUACAUCCCAAGUAGGAGACUCAGAAUUAUACGGUAAGAUGAACCAUAAAAUGAAAGGCCUGAACGAUCACAUGGAUAAUUUGUUCAAAUCAUGGUCUGUGAAGGAUUUAAUGGAAUAUAUGAAAAAUAUGGAUAUUCCUUUUACCGAAUCUCCCGAUAAGGAAACUUUAAUUGAAAGAGCAAAGAACUACACUCGUAAGAUGUUAGGUUAUGAACCCGAAUCAGAGUACCAAAAAUUGAUUCGUAAAGCAAAAGAGUUUUCAAAAAAUAUCAUCAAUGCAGUAAUGCCAAACAAUUGA